GAUCCCCCCGUUGAAAGUGGUCAUACGUGAAGCAGGUAGUAGUAGAGGAGAGGAACAGAUAGCAAGCUUGUCUCGUAACACUAGAUCUAGCUGUAUUUGAACAAAGCUAGUGGGAAAAAUCAGUCCAGAAACCACAGGAUUAUAUAUAUAAUUCCACAUCGCAAGCUGAAACCAUUGACCACUUUUAACUUUCGUAACAAUAUAGUUUGAAUUGAAAGAGCAAAAGAUAGAAAAAAAACCCCAACAAAAUAAAACAAAACAAAAAUUAACGAAAAAAUAAAAGUUGAACCUAAUAUUCUCUUUCUCUCUCUGGAUUUGUGUGGAGUUCAUCUAGAAAGGCCUAGAAGCAGUGCGUUGACGCAUUCAUCGUAUCGUUACAUAUUUCGAAACUGUAUAAAGAGAGAACUGAAAACACAGUGGAAUAAAACUAUAUUAUUAUAUUUCGUACAAUACCACAAGGUGAAUACUUGUGUCAUCCAAGUUUUGCUGAAGAAGGAAAGUGAUUGUCCCCUUUCAUCUAAAAGGUGUGCCUUUUCUGACUCCAAGACCAAUGGACUUAUUGUUUAUCAAAAUGCCUGUAAAGACAGUAUUAGUAUUCAUGUAUUUCGUCUGUGGGAUUUUUCUGCUGGCAACGUUUGCGCCCAAAGCGGAAGGAACAGUAACAGUAUUCGUCGAGUUAGAAAACUACUACAAUCCUGGCAAUGUGCAGUUUGACGACUCUUGCUGCGACGGGGAGCGCAGGGGGAACAACUGCACAGGCUUUUGCCAGUACAGCCUCAUGCUGUGCCUUGCAAAGAGCAGCUCGCUGUGACCGUUUCUUCUACACUGACACCUGCUCCGUGUUUUGCGUCCCUUCUGACGACUGUAACGGUCACUACACCUGCAACAUGACCACGGGGGAAAAGAUUUGCCGCGACGGAUGGAGCGGUCAGGGCUGCAACAUUCGCACCUCGGCGGACACUGGUUGUUCUGCAGAUACAAAGGUGACAGGUGUCAAGAGUCAAAGACAUGCGCAGACGAUCCUUGUCAAAAUGGCGGCCAGUGUGUACCAGUAAAAACUACCUUCGAAACUUUCGCCUGUGUGUGUGACGAGAGUCGUUUCACAGGCGACACGUGCGACUCCCCUGUAACCUCAACCUUGACCCCCACCACCUCCCCCUCCAGCCAGAGCACGACACCCACCGUGCCGCCCAGACAAUGCUACGGUCGUUACUUCGGACAGAACUGCACCACAUACUGUAAACCUGCUGACGACUGUUCCGGUCAUUAUACGUGUGACGCUGCUACUGGGGCCAGAGUAUGUCUCCCUGGCUGGACGCAGGAGUCCGACUGCAAGGUCAGAGAGACUCCCGACACCUCGUGCGGAUGUCAGAACGGAGGAGAAUGUUUUGAGGGGUCAUGCUGCUGUGUUGGGGACUUCGUAGGGCCGUUUUGCGAGCAACCAGCACAGAUUUGCCAGACGAAACCUUGUCAAAACGGCGGGACGUGCUUUGAAGAUCUUACCGGCGCUAGAUGUUCGUGUAAAGAAGGGUUUACUGGGGAGAGAUGCGAGACAAUGCUGACGCCGAACAGAAACUGUGACGAGAAUUACUACGGUGUAGACUGCGGCACUUUUUGCCAAGAGAGAGACGACUGCUCGCUGGGACAAAAUACGUGCAACGAAAUCACGGGAAAAAUCGAAUGCCGCUUUGGUUGGACGGGUCCCUUGUGCAACGUGCGGGAUCUGAACGCCAGACACAGCGACCCAUGUCCCCGAAGUGUAUGCAGAAACGGCGCCCUUUGCUCCAACGAUACUUGUUGUUGUUUGCCGGGGUAUACCGGUACCUUGUGCCAUGUGGAGAUCUUGGAGUGUGAAACCAAACCCUGUCUGAACGGCGGGCAGUGCGAGGAUCUGAUUGGAGCGUACUCCUGUUCGUGUCCGCCUGAAUUUACUGGACUGAACUGCGAGGUGGAGUUGAACCCACGGUCCCAGACUCCAGAGGUAACCACACCAAUCCCCUCCACCGACCCUUGCUAUGGAGUUGUGUGCGAAAACGGAGGAACCUGCAUUCAGAACGGUACCAAUGAGUAUAUGUGUCUGUGUCAGGGAAGAUAUACAGGAGCUCGCUGCCAGCGAUAUAUUUUGCCUGUAGCCGCGAACCCGAACUGCCCGUCCAAUUUCUACGGACCCGACUGCUCCCAGCCUUGUUACGAGCAGGAUAAUUGUUACAGCCACUACCUCUGUGAUCACGUCACAGGAAUUCCCAUCUGUAAGUCUGGGUGGGGCGGUGGAACAUGUGAUGAGAAAAUCCUUCCGCCGAGCAUUGACCCAGAAUGUCCUUCCACCUCCGGGUGUCUUCACGGCGGUACGUGCUUUAACAACUCAUGCUGUUGUACUUUUGGUUACCAAGGCAACCGCUGUGAGCGGCAACAACUCCCUUGCGACAGCAGACCCUGCGGCGAGUUUGGCACAUGUGUUGAUCUGCCAAGGAGCUAUCAAUGUCUGUGCAGUGUGGGCUACACAGGACCGAAGUGUGACGUCAUCUUGGACGUCGACUCUGAUCAGGGCCUGGUCACAUCUUCCAUCAGUUCACCGCCACUUGAGGUAUUCAGCACAUCUGCUUCUUCUCAAACCGCUCUCCCAAUGACUGCGUCGCCUACAGUAGCACCAAGCGAUGACGUCCAAACGUCCAGCGCCUCUCUCUUCCUCCUGUCGUCAUCGUCCUCCGCCAUCAUUCAAAGCCCCGAGCAGUCAGCGGCGACACCCCUACCAUCGUUUGAAACAUCUCCAGCAAGCUCAGCGGGGAUUGUUGCCACUGUCUAUGGCAUACCUUAUGCAUCAGAAUCCUCUAACACCCUGUCACCUACCCUGGCUUCAUCACAAGAUCUGUCGUUAUCAGUCACGUCGUCUUCAUAUGUCGAGGUGACGCCAUCGGCUUCCAUUUCUGACAUUGUACCGUCACCUACAACUCUACCAACUUCUGAUCUAGCGUCUUCAUCCAUGGAGGAAUCAAAUGGCACAGCGCCUAUUCCUUGCGGCACCUUCUUCUGUUAUAACGGAGGUUCUUGCUUCUACUCAGGGGCUGGUUUUAGCUGCCUCUGCCCACGCCAAAACAUGGACUAUUUUUGUAGAAAUCUUCCUCAGUCCUCACUUCCUGCGUCUGAGUCUCCCUUUACCUCCAUGAUCAACCCUUCCUCUACCGUCGACUCCUACACGGUGAUGGAAUCCUCACAAGUACUGCAGACGGACUGCGGCGCCUUCCAGUGCUACAACGGAGGCUACUGUUCCUAUAUUGCUACUGGAGUCGUUUGCCAAUGUCCGAGGGAGGGAAUGGGUUAUUUUUGUGAAAACAACGCCACUGUGGAGUUUCCCAAUUCAGACAUUCUUUUCUCGUCGUCUAGCUUGUCAGUUGGACCUGCGUCAUCGGUUGCACCCACGUCAUCGAUGUCACCAGGGACAUCUGCACCUGCAGUAUCUCAAGUGCCGUCGAUCUCUUCUUCUUCUCUCUCAGAAUCUCCGGUAUACUCCAUUUCCCCAUCCUCAACUGUCGACUCAUCUUCAGAGGUAGAAUCGUCCUCAUACUUACCCCCAGCGCCAUGCGGCUCUUUCAUGUGUUAUAAUGGCGGAGUUUGUAUGACUCAAUCAGGGCGGUUGUAUUGUUUCUGCCCACAGGAGGGCAUGGGGCCUUACUGCGAACGGCCGUUGCAGUCUAGACUCGAAUCAUCUUCCAUUUCAGACCAGCUCUCCACUUCAGCAAUUUCUCCAUCUUCGACCAUCUUGGAUUCUUCCUUAAGCAUAGAAUCUUCUCCGGUGAUAGAACCGUCCUCCGUCGUGGAAUCGUCUGCCCGGGUUGAAUCCUCAAGUCAAGUAGCCGCUGCUGCAGUGGCGUGCGGUGCGUUCUUCUGCUAUAACGGCGGUGUUUGCACAACCACAAUCAAUGGGCUGAUUUGUACCUGUCCAAGAUUAGGCAUGGGAUACUUUUGCGAAAAUGACGACACUCUAACGACUGCCUUCUCUGAUAUCUUGCAAACGUCACCGGUAUCAGUGUUAAGUGCAACAGACAUGUCAACGUCAUCGCCAGUGCAGUCUUCUUCUGUUCUUCAGUCUUCGUCCAUUAUCGAAUCCACCCAGAUACCCCCAGUAUCAUGCGGUCUAUUUAAUUGCUACAACGGAGGCAGUUGUCCCCCAUCGGUAUUAGACAGUGAGUGUAUAUGCCCUCGAUCAGGUAUGGGACCUUUCUGUCAAAUGGCUGACCCAUCUCCAGCUUCCAGUUCAAUCGACUUUUCGACCUCAACGGAGAUCUUAUCAGAUUUUUCUUCCGUGUUUCAAACCCAGAGUGACGUCAUUUUGUCCACCCCAGUCGACGUCACGUCAUCGUCGCCGUCAGAAUUGUUCACAUCAUCCAUGGACUUUUCAGCUAUAACUCCUUCUUCGUCUCUAUCGUCUUACGCUGUGGCCGACGCCUCCCCCGUGCCAUGCGGCAGUUUCUACUGUUACAACGGAGGCUCAUGCUACUUCACAUCUAUAGGUUAUAUUUGUCAAUGUCCUACAGCUGGUAUGGAUCCUUACUGUCGUGGUACUAACCCUCUAUCUUCGCUAGACUCUGGCGCUUCCACAGGCCCAUCGUCUGCCACACCGGAAUUAUCAAAAGCGUUCUUUGCCUCGUCCUCAUUCGAAUUCUCUUCUACCAUUGAGUCUUCCGAACUUUCCACUGCCUCUUCUCUUUCACCAUCGCCUUCUGUUGGACCAUCAGACUUCCCAAUCAACACGGACGCCCCUCCAGUUUCUUGUGGCGACAGACUCUGUUACAACGGUGGGUUCUGCUACUACACCUCGCUAGGCUGGAUCUGCAGAUGUCCCACUGACGGAAUGGGCAUCUAUUGUAACGACACAAGUUCUCAUUCCCUGUCUGACUCAGUCAUCGCAACAGACUAUAUAGCUUCCACAUCCGGAGCGGGAAUGUUACCCGUGACGACUUCUUACGUUUUGAGCGGAGACGUUUCCGCUACUGUAAGCAACGAGUUUCAAACUUCGUCCUUGUCUUUGUACCCAAGCAGUGGAACUCUGGACUCUUCCUCCGUUAUGUUCAACACAGCCUCAGUGGCUGUUCUUGUGAACAUCGACGGUUCAUCUGUCUUUUCUAGCAUUUCCCCUCAAAGCAGCGGGUACAGCACGGACACUCUGCAAACGUCAGCAGCAGCUGGGAUUCCCCCCGUGGUUAUUGGCGGGUUAACAUCAUCGUCCUCGUUUUAUCCAGUGGCUGAAUCAUCUACAGCUGACCAAGUAGCCUCAUCUAACGUAGAUGCCAUGAUGACCCCGUAUUCGACACAAAACUUGCCUCCUGCUUCUUCUAGUUUAGCGCCCCCCAGCUUCUCUGAGUCACCCGAAGAGUCUAGUGUCUUAUCCUCGUCCAUCGAAUCGUCGACACCAGGUUUCAUUAUUCCUGUAUUUGUUGACAGCUCCUCAGAAAUCCAAGCAGCAUCUUCGCCAGUUGUAUUGUCAUUAUCACUCGAAGAGUCUAGUGCCUUCUCCUCAUCCCUCGAGUCGUCGACAGCAGGUGUCUUUAUUCCUGUAUUAGUAGACAGCACUUCAGAGAUCCAAGCAACGUCUUCAACAGUUGAAUUGUCGUCAUCAGCAUCCUCUGUAGACAGUUUCUCAGAGGUGACGUCAUCCAAUAUCCUUUCUUCGUCAUCUUCCCUCGUGACGCCUUUACAACCGGCGUCAUCAUUGCUCGUCGGGUCGUCAGCCGGGAUUGAUAUUAGCCCCAGUAGUAUGGCCAUCUCGUCUUCCGUAGAAAGCAGCUCCGCAAUUAUGGCGUCAGAAUACAGCAGUUCUCAGGUUCCGGCGGCGAGUCAGACUCCCAACCUUCCUCCUUCCUCUGCCAUAAUGAGCAACACGGUCCUCCCUACCACUGACAGCAGCAGCAUCGCCUCUGUUAUUCCUGGAGAAAGUUCCAGCAUCGCCUCUGUUAGUCUAGGAGAAAGUUCCAGCAUCGCCUCUGUCAGUCUAGGAGAAAGUUCCAGCAUUGCCGCCUCAUCUGUCGUCGAUUCGUCCUCAGGCAUGUCGUCGUCCUCCUCUGUUGUUGUCGUCACCUCACCUCAACCGACAGUGACGCCAACACGUUCUGUCCCGAAGCCCAUCUCCAUCACAGGAACCAGCUUCUCCGUCUGGAGUACGCACUGACUCCCACUCCGAGAGACCCCUCCCAGCCCAGCAGCACGGAGGAAGAAGUCCUCAACCAAAUAGACGACAAUCUCAAAGCUGCCCCGGAGCUCAGCUCGAACAAGGUCUACAGAGGCCCCUUGUACGGUCCCAACGAGGUCUUCCAGUCUUUUCUCAUUGGCCAAGUGCAAGAAGAAAUGUACGGGAGAAUUGAGGAUGUCAUUGACAGAGCGUGGAGCGCUAAAAAUCCAGAUUGCGGGUGCACAUACGCCAGCAGAGUCUUCUUUUCUCACAGAUAUGUCGGCAGAUACGGGAUGCGUCUGUCUAGGAUCUCCUACAUCGUGUUCAAGGAUGGUGUGGUCCAGUCCAUACCCAGCACAGAGAAGCCGCUGGACAAAGAGCUGAACACGGCGUUCCAGGGAGAGUCCAGCCUGUACGGCCUCUACCUACCCACGGACACCAGGUCGUACAGUCAACACUUCACUCUCACCACCAACCAGACUGUGUCCCUCACUGCACCAGAGGGCAUUGCAAUCACAGACUUUGUGACGUCGUCAUGGAAGCAGUACUUUUAUGCUCAAGGCCAGUGCUCCACCUGCAAUAUCUACAUGACCUUCCUCCGACCAGAGCCGCAAUACACAAACGUCUUGUGACCAAGAUCCUGUACCGACCCACAAAGUUCGGACAACAGCCUGUGUUGGACAGCUAUGGCGCCAUCAACAACAGCCUGAACAGCCAAGACCUCUCCAUGCCCGCCGUCGGACUGCCCUUGAGGCGUGUCUACCAGGCCGUGAUUGACGGGCGAGUGACCAAUGAGAGCUUGGCUCGUGUCCAGGGGGCGUUGAGAAAGGCCUGGGUCCAGACCAAUACAGGCAUCACCGAGGACGAUAUCUUCGUCAGGCUCACAAACGUUGACGCACAAAGUUCACUACAACCUGACGGCUCCCCUGUAAGUGUCGUCCAGUAUACAGUGUCCAUCGCCAGGGCAGAUUCCUCUCUGACCAUUGCUGAGCCCCCGUCGUUGACCACCCUUGAGCGAAUUCUGAACGCCAGCGGUGUGGUGGAGGCCCCUCCGUGCAACUGUGACGUCAGAAAGAAGAUCUACCUCACCACGGAAGGCUUUCUCAACGUUACCAACUCCAGCCAGAUCGAGGCUGUCCAGACGGCCAUCGCUAAGAGCUGGAAGGAGUCCAAUCCAGACUUCCAAGGUAUGGUUGUUGCCACAAUACAGGCUAUCUCACCCAACGAAACGGAAGAGGGAGACCGUGGUACAUACCUGUGGCGAUAAUUCUGUGCCUUCUCUUCAUCAUCAUCGUCAUCAUCGUCAUCUGCUGCAUCUGGAGGGACUACAAGCGGAAAGACUCGAAAGAGAUCGACAACAACCCGGAGGACUUCGUGGGUGACAACUAUGACCGGGAACACUUCACCAUGGAGCCGGUCGCCUUUGAAAACGCCGCCUUCCAAGGGAUGGAAGGUCAGCGGUCAGCUGUCUACGAGGUGAACCCUGACCCGGAUGCACAAAAGGCGGAGAGUUUCUAAAAAGGGAGUGUUGUUAUAAUUUUCAUAAUUUGAAAUCCACGCUAGUCGCUGAGUUUAAGAUGAAAUACCUGUACGAUGGAGGGAGGGAUAAAGCAAUAAUUAUUAUUAUUUAAAGUUUGUUGGAUUUUUGUUUUCAUCACACUUUGGUGUUUUGCGUUUUUCUUUAUCAUGCCCUCCAUAGAUCUAUUGAUUUGACUGCCAUACUACAUACCUGUUAUACAGUAGACGUACAAUGGUUUUAUAAUUAUCUAGGGUUUUUGUUUUUAUCUUUGUUUGUUCUCUUAUUGGAAUUUUAAGAUCUCUCCGUCUCAUUCUUUUUUGGUGUGUUUUUUAUUGUCUGUUCAUACCCUUUUGUUAUGGAGACGGGCCAAAACUUUUAAAAAUUAUUUUUUAUUACCCAUUCGUGUCUUUAUGGGCAAUGGGUUUUGUAUAUUGUCAAAGAUCGUGUUUAACAAGAUUGUUCACUCCUCUCUCCUUGCCAAUUAAAAAAAUGUCCUCAAAAUUUGGUGGCGCCUUUUUCGAAAAAGCGCGACUUUGCAAACAAAGUUACCCUACUUGUGUGAAAAACAGCAAAAGUGAAAUUAACAAAAUGAGCUAUUUCUAUUCUUCUUCUGGAGAAACAAAACAG